CGAUCGAUUAUUUUUUCUCAAGGUGGCACUUCAACUGUGCAGCAACGCCAUCGACAUACUUUGAGAUCACAUCUCUAUAAUAAAAUGAACAGAUCGAGGGAAGACAGGAUGGCGAACAGGUUUCUUGUUAUUAUUUGUUCUGUGUUGCUGACUUCAACUGCCAAAAGUGAUAACUCCAAGUCCAAAAUAGAACUCUACAUUGGAGGAUUCUUUGGUAAAAACAUUAAAGCAGGCGCCUGGAGCUCCGCUGCUCUUAUUCCUGUUUUGGAAAUGGCGCUUGAUCACGUGAACAAUGAUUCAAACAUUCUGGUGGACUACCAGCUGAAGUAUGUGUGGCGUGAUUCGAAGUGCGAAAGUGGAACAGGUAUUCGUGCCAUGCUGGAGAUGAUUGACACACCGCCGCACAAGAUAGUUUUCUUAGGUCCCGGAUGCUCGGUAGCAACCACACCUGUUGCAGAGGCUGCGCCGUACUGGCAAGCAGUGCAGAUUGGAUAUAGUACAUCGUCGCCAUUGUUUUCAGACAAGGAGAAGUUUCCUCUUUAUUUUAGGACCAGUACAUCAGAAACGAUGGAGAACCCAUCCAGAGUGGCCUUACUUAAACAGUUUAACUGGAAAAAGGUCGCCCUCCUUGUGCAAAACCUGGAUAUUUAUGUGCUGACGAAAGAACAACUCAUUCCAAUGAUAGAAGAGGCAAAUAUCACCAUCACUGCUGCAGAAAGCUUUAAAAAUGACCCAUCUUCAUCAGUCAAGUAUUUACUUAAGGAAAGAGAUGCGAGGAUUAUCAUUGGUUUGAUGUAUGAGGACAUGUUCAGAAAAGCCAUGUGCACUGCUUACAAGGAAGGAGUGUAUGGCAGCAAGUACGUGUGGAUUAUAGUCGGUUGGUACAACGAUGACUGGUGGUCCAAACCUGAUGUGGAGUGUAAGGGAGAGCAACUGCUAGAAGCAGCUGCUAACAUGAUAGAAACUCUUCCACUGCCUCUGAGCACAUCACAACAACCCACAAUAUCAGACAGGACUGCAAUGCAACUAAAAACAGAAUACGAGGAGCGACUUCAGCGUCACAACUACACUUACAACAUGUACGCGGCGUUUACUUAUGAUGCUGCCUGGAGCAUCGCUCUUAUGUUGAACAAAUCCAUACCUCUGCUUCGAGAAAAGAACCAAACCUUGGAAACCAUGACUUACCGGGACAAAGAGGCGGCGAAGAUCAUGAGAGAUACUCUGUUCCGCACAGACUUCUGGGGAAUGUCGGGACACGUGACGUUUGACCAAAAUGGAAACAGAGAAACUACUGUGCAAAUUACUCAGAAUAAACGUGGCAAAAAGAAAGUCGUUGCUACGAUAGAUGUUCGUGAUGGAAAACUGAAUCAAUAUAACGACAGCUUUGAGUGGGAAGGGGGCCUUGCACCUGUGGAUGGUGUCCAAAUCACUCAGAAGAUCUAUCAAGAAAGUCUUGACACAUCUAUAGUUUUCUACUUGUUGGCUUUUGCUGGAAUACUAUUUUGUUUGUUUUGCCUUCUACUUAACUUCGUUUAUCGCAAGCACAGGUUUAUAAAAAUGUCGUCUCCAAAGUUCAACAACAUAACUGUGGUGGGAUGUCUGCUUUGUUAUAUGGAAGUGUUUUUAUCAGCGUACGGCAGCUCUGCCUCAACGCAGCACGAUCCAUCUGUUUGCUAUAUUAAGGCCUGGCUUCUCUCGACUGGUUUCACUUUGGCAUUUGGUGGCAUUUUCGUCAAAACCUGGAGAGUAUACAAAAUAUUCACAAAUAACCAGAUGAAAAGAGAGCUUGGCAAGCUGAGUAACAUAAGUCUCCUUCUGAGGCUAUGUGCUGGUUGGUUUAUAGAUGUCAUCAUUUUGUCAACUUGGGCAGCCAUUGAUCCAUUAACGAUACAUCUUCAGAUGAUUGAUGAAGAGGUUGAAGAUAAUGACGAUGACGUAAUGCAAGAGCUGUUGAUCUAUCGAUGCACCUCUAACUAUUACAUGACGUGGGUGAUGUCAACCUGCGGCUUCAAAGGAAUUCUCUUGAUUUUUGGUGUGUUCCUGGCCUGGGAAACUAGAAAUGUGCAUUAUCCUUCGCUGAAUGACUCCAAGAACAUUGGCUUAGCUGUGUACAACGUUUUUAUGUUUUCAUGUUUGGCACUCGUGGUUGAGUUUGUGGUCACGUAUCCUCCUCUUAAGAUGCUGGUUGGACGAUCGAUUGUGCUCGUGGGAACCACGUCGACGAUUUCUUUGCUGUUUGUUCCAAAGAUUCUUCAUCUCAGGAAAAAUAAUCAAGUGAGCAUGACCACCACUGAACCGAGCAGGAGUGAAUUCGAAACUUAUGGAGGGACUGGCGGGCAUUCCGAGAUGAGAAUAGAAACUUACAAGGGCACUUAGUGAAAUUUAGGCCUCAUUUCGCCAAAAUGCCGAGUGAAUUCAGUCUACGAGCCGAGCUGAAGAGGAUUCAAGAAAAGUCGCCAAGCAUUUCCGGGACAAAACAAGGGUUCGUUGCUAUGCCUGCUCGGAGAGGUCAGGAGAUUCCCCGAAACAUUUCCAAAGAACGCGACGCAGUCGCAGAGGUACUGAAACAACCGAUACCUGGAGUUCUUAAAUCUCGAACUACGAGUGUUAAAAAGCAGCAAGAAGACUAGAAACUUCGCCAUUUUCCGUUUGGGUUUGUUAUAAACUUUACACGAACUAUUACUGCGAUUUCUCUCGAUUUGAAAGUUUUUUUUUUUUUAAAUCGCAGAAAAUUACAUA